AUGAUAUUCCCUCCAGCUUUCUUCACAAGUAUGAUCCACGUGAUGAUUCACUUGCCAGAAGAGGCAUUGCUUGCUGGUCAUGUCAACUAUCGCUGGAUGUAUCCAAUAGAAAGGCUUCUCGGAGAGCUGAAAAAAACUGUACACAACAGGGCGAAGCUCGAAGGAUCAAUUAUAGAGGCUUAG